GGCGAGACUCUUGUGAAACACCUACUCACAACAGCCCUUCUGUUCAUUUUUUUCAAUAAAGAUGCAGAAGUGGGUUGUGAUCUGCUGGGCCGUCCUGGCUGUGGUUGGUGCUGAUGUGUGUCCAGAUGGAGGGCUAUGUAAAGAAGGGGAAACCUGCUGCAACAGCCCAGCAAACGGUUACGGGUGUUGCCGAUAUGAAAACGCUGAGUGCUGUGAUGAUCACAUCCACUGCUGUCCAGCGGGAACAGUCUGUAAUAAAGCCGUAUCUGGCUGUAUUAAUACCACCCUGACCAUCCCCUGGGUGAACAGAACCCCUGCUGAUCAGCCCAAACUCUUUAAAUCACUCAGGAUGGUCAAGGCGUACGAGUUACGGGAAGACGACAACAUCUGCCCCGACCUGUCUCGAUGCCCUGCUGAGUAUUCCUGUCUGAAGGGUGUGACGAAGUUUGGCUGCUGUCCUCUAACUCAGGGAAUCUCCUGCCCCAAUGGCAAACACUGCUGCCCUGAGGGCCACAACUGCAGCGCAGACAGCCGCGCCUGCAUCAAAAAAGAGUUCGUGGUUACAGUUCUGUGCAGCGAUGGCGUUUCGGAGUGCCCAGAUGGUACCACCUGCUGUGAAACAACAGAAGGCAAAUGGGCAUGCUGUCCACUACCAAAGGCCGUGUGCUGCGCUGACAAGAUACACUGCUGCUCUGAAGGGACCACGUGUGAUGUCGAGCAUUCCAAAUGCAUUCACUCUUCUACCAAGAAAGAGAUGCCAAUGUGGGCAAAGCUCCCUGCCAGAGUGAGAGCAGCUUGGGAAAACCAGAAAGAAGUGCCAGCUGAGGCAGUGAAUAACACAGGAACAGAAAACGCCCCCAAAGUCACCACAGCCAAUCUGCUUCCUCCAUCUGGCAACAAUGUCAAAUGUGAUGACACAAAAUCCUGUCCUGAUGGCAAUACCUGCUGUAAAACCAAAGAUGGUAGCUGGGGCUGCUGUCCUCUGCCAGAGGCAGUCUGCUGUGACGAUCACGAAACCUGCUGCCCAAGCGGCACCACCUGUGACACGGCCACCGGGUCCUGCAAUGGCCCAUCAGGCUCAACACCCAUGCUAAAGAAGCUGCCUGCGUUUCUUACUGGAGGAAGACCAGCGGAGGAGAAGAAGAAAGAAAAAGAAGGCAACAAUGUCAAAUGUGAUGACACAACAUCCUGUCCUGAUGGCAAUACCUGCUGUAAAACCAAAGAUGGUAGCUGGGGCUGCUGUCCUCUGCCAGAGGCAGUCUGCUGUGACGAUCACGAAACCUGCUGCCCAAGCGGCACCACCUGUGACACGGCCACCGGGUCCUGCAAUGGCCCAUCAGGCUCAACACCCAUGCUAAAGAAGCUGCCUGCGUUUCUUACUGGAGGAAGACCAGCGGAGGAGAAGAAGAAAGAAAAAGAAGGCAACAAUGUCAAAUGUGAUGACACAACAUCCUGUCCUGAUGGCAAUACCUGCUGUAAAACCAAAGAUGGUAGCUGGGGCUGCUGUCCUCUGCCAGAGGCAGUCUGCUGUGACGAUCACGAAACCUGCUGCCCAAGCGGCACCACCUGUGACACGGCCACCGGGUCCUGCAAUGGCCCAUCAGGCUCAACACCCAUGCUAAAGAAGCUGCCUGCGUUUCUUACUGGAGGAAGACCAGCGGAGGAGAAGAAGAAAGAAAAAGAAGGCAACAAUGUCCCAUGUGAUGACACAACAUCCUGUCCUGAUGGCAAUACCUGCUGUAAAACCAAAGAUGGUAGCUGGGGCUGCUGUCCUCUGCCAGAGGCAGUCUGCUGUGACGAUCACGAAACCUGCUGCCCAAGCGGCACCACCUGUGACACGGCCACCGGGUCCUGCAAUGGCCCAUCAGGCUCAACACCCAUGCUAAAGAAGCUGCCUGCGUUUCUUACUGGAGGAAGACCAGCGGAGGAGAAGAAGAAAGGAAAAGAAGGCAACAAUGUCCCAUGUGAUGACACAACAUCCUGUCCUGAUGGCAAUACCUGCUGUAAAACCAAAGAUGGUAGCUGGGGCUGCUGUCCUCUGCCAGAGGCAGUCUGCUGUGACGAUCACGAAACCUGCUGCCCAAGCGGCACCACCUGUGACACGGCCACCGGGUCCUGCAAUGGCCCAUCAGGCUCAACACCCAUGCUAAAGAAGCUGCCUGCGUUUCUUACUGGAGGAAGACCAGCGGAGGAGAAGAAGAAAGAAAAAGAAGGCAACAAUGUCAAAUGUGAUGACACAACAUCCUGUCCUGAUGGCAAUACCUGCUGUAAAACCAAAGAUGGUAGCUGGGGCUGCUGUCCUCUGCCAGAGGCAGUCUGCUGUGACGAUCACGAAACCUGCUGCCCAAGCGGCACCACCUGUGACACGGCCACCGGGUCCUGCAAUGGCCCAUCAGGCUCAACACCCAUGCUAAAGAAGCUGCCUGCGUUUCUUACUGGAGGAAGACCAGCGGAGGAGAAGAAGAAAGGAAAAGAAGGCAACAAUGUCCCAUGUGAUGACACAACAUCCUGUCCUGAUGGCAAUACCUGCUGUAAAACCAAAGAUGGUAGCUGGGGCUGCUGUCCUCUGCCAGAGGCAGUCUGCUGUGACGAUCACGAAACCUGCUGCCCAAGCGGCACCACCUGUGACACGGCCACCGGGUCCUGCAAUGGCCCAUCAGGCUCAACACCCAUGCUAAAGAAGCUGCCUGCGUUUCUUACUGGAGGAAGACCAGCGGAGGAGAAGAAGAAAGAAAAAGAAGGCAACAAUGUCAAAUGUGAUGACACAACAUCCUGUCCUGAUGGCAAUACCUGCUGUAAAACCAAAGAUGGUAGCUGGGGCUGCUGUCCUCUGCCAGAGGCAGUCUGCUGUGACGAUCACGAAACCUGCUGCCCAAGCGGCACCACCUGUGACACGGCCACCGGGUCCUGCAAUGGCCCAUCAGGCUCAACACCCAUGCUAAAGAAGCUGCCUGCGUUUCUUACUGGAGCACCGACUACAGUGCAGCCUACAACUGAGAGUCCAACAACAAGCUCUAAACCAGAGGAGGAGGAGAAAGAAGGAGAAGGCAUGAUUAACUGUGAUGCCAACACCAGCUGCCCUCAGUCGACCACGUGCUGCUACAUGAAGAAUUUUGAGAAGUGGGGCUGCUGCCCGCUGCCUGAGGCGGUGUGCUGUGAGGAUGGGAGUCACUGCUGUCCUGACCAGUAUAAAUGUGACAAUAGCUGCAUGUCAUGCAUAAAAGGGGAAGUGGUGAUUCCAUGGUACACCAAGAUUCCAGCCAUUACCAGCGAUGAGGCCGAGCCCUCCUCUGUCCAGUGCGAAGGUGCAAACCAGUGUCCUGAACAAACCACCUGCUGCAAGCUGUUCACAGGCGAGUGGGGCUGCUGUCCACUCAAAAAUGCUGUUUGCUGUCCAGAUAAGGAGCACUGUUGCCCACAGGGUUACACCUGUGAUGUCUUAUCCAGAUCCUGCCAGAAGCUCAUCAUGAUGCAGCUGGAGAGAGUCCCACUGACACCGGUGUAUCUACUUGAGCCUCAACCCCAGCUCAGCCCAACAACGCACGAAGACAUCAAGUGCGAUGACAAGACCAGUUGCGGAGAUGAUGAAACCUGCUGCAGGACUUCUGCCACUUCCUGGGGCUGCUGUCCAUCUCCUAACGCGGUGUGCUGCAGCGACAUGAAGCACUGCUGCCCAACCGGGUACACCUGCACCGAAGAAGGCUCCUGCAUCCAGAACUCCAAGCUUUACUGGCCCAACUGGCACGUGUUCCUCGCCAACAAAAAAAGAGCCCUAAUUGUGUGAAAACGCCACCUCUAAACUGUUACUAGUUUUAGUUUUUGCAUAUAACGCACUAAUGGAGAAGGGAUCCUACAUUAAUUUUAAAAUGCUUUGUUUUUAAAUAACACUUUGGAAACGAUUUGCACCUCAGGUGCUAAGAUGUUUGCAAUCUUGAAGUUGAACGUUUCGGUCUGAAUGCACCUAAUUAUAUAGAUGACCGCGUGACUAAUGUAUUUAAGGAGUUAUCUUUGUUAUUCUAAGCACACUCAGUUUGUCACUUGAAACUCUACUCCAUCCACAAUAGAAGACAGUCGAAACACUCCACUUGUCAGUCAUCUGUUUCUUUAAGACUUGCUACAGCUGCCUUCUGUUAAAAAGGUCAUUUCUUUAUCAAUAAUAAUCAAUCUAAGCCUGAUCCAAUAUCUUUCAUUAUUCUGAACAUUCACUCUGAUCAUUUAAUGAUUUUGUGGUGUAAUUACUCAUUAAAUCUUGGGUUCAUAAUUUUGUGCAUUGGCUUAGUAAUCUGUGUUAAUGAGGCAAAGGUGAAGAAAUUCAUGCUUGGGUCAUCAUACUCUGUCAAACUGUCACAUUAUCUAUUAAAUCAAUAAAAGAGAAGUGACAUUAUUAAAA